AUUUUUUUCAGCGUAAAACAAUAGAUGUGAGCUUGGUAACAGUGGGGUGUAAGAGACGCGCUCUCGUGGUGAAUGCACCAAAUACCAGUGUCAACAUGGCCGUUACCGAAUUUCCGGGAGCGCAGUAUGUGGAGAGACGCGAACGCGUUAGUUCAGUCUGUCUCUACGCUCCGGUGGGAAGUAACAUUUAUACGAAAUAUUAACACACUUAUUGAAAAGAAUCAACAAAAUGAAUUGUGUUGUGGAAGAGCGAAUAAACAGCACGCAAAGCGAAAGCGAUCUGACGAAAGAUACCAAAAAGGAAAAGAGCGGAAGGUUAAGAUUGAACAAUGAUGAAUCAAAACGAUCAAUUACCGAAUUGUUCCCUUGGAUUCUAGAAUUUAGGAAACUGUGUAGAUCUAUACAUACGUGGAAAAGUAUGUCAUCUUUAACAGAGCUUAUGCAAUUUUAUGUGAGAAAUAUAAGUGUCAGUGUAAAUGAAUGUUACACAAAGCCUUCAAGAGCUUCAAAAUUAAAGGAUUCUAUUAGUGAGACUUUAUUGUUAUUCUUAUAUGUUUAUCGUGAACUUUCAGAGGAUCAUGAUAGGUUCAGUUAUUUAAAUUAUAUGUCAGAUUUAUUAGCAUUCUAUAUAGAUAUGGAAUUAAAAGCAUCUAGGAAAAGCAAAGAAGAUCAUGAUAAAAUAUGUGGGAGAAUUACUUCCUGUCUUUAUGUUUAUUUAGGAAAAUAAUAAGAGAUAUUCCUAUACAUCCAGAAUCAAGUAUUAUGUAUAUUCGUUACUUUUUUAUUUAUCGUUUGUGGAGAAAAAUAAAUGAAAACGUGGCUGUAAAAAAUCAAAUAACAGCUGCUGCAAUGGUAUCUCUGGGUCCAUUGCCAUCUACAUUCUCAUCAAAUGUAUUAGAGGAUGUGUUGCCAAAAGUGCCAAAGAAUCAACCAAAUUCUACAAAAACUCUAUUGCAGCAUAAAUUUAAUAUAAAAAAGCACUGUGAAAUGUUUGCACAAUACUGCAGGGAAAGCAGUGAAAGUGUGUACCAGGAUGGAACUUCCAUUGAUUUUUCCAAUAGAAUUAAUUCAAAUAUGCCGGAAGAUAAGGUUAAGAAAGAUAUAGACUAUGUAGAUAAUAACGUGAAUUCAAUUAUAUCGGAUAAAAAUAAACAGAAUGAAUCUAUUUCUUUGUUAAAUAAUUUUAAAAUUCUAAAUUUGGAAGGACAAACUAGUUUUAAAUGUUUAGAUACUUUUUCGAAUAAAAUUUCUACGAAGCAUAUUGAUUCUAAAAUAAUUAAAUCAAACAAAAAUCGUUUGCGAAGGAAAUGUAAGAAAUCCAAUCAAAUUGUAAUUAUUGAUUUAACUAGUGAUACAGUGCUCGAGAAGUGUAUAAAGAAGGGGAAAUCUAGAAAGUUGCCGUGGUUAGAAAAGGUGAAAAAGAAUAUCGACUCGAAGAUGGUAAAAUCAUCAUCGCAAAGGAAGAAAAGACAGAGAAACAUGGAGAGCACUUCGCGAUGUGUUCGACAUAGAUCGGAAGAUUCAUCUCAAUCGACACGUACCACGGAAGAUCUCAGUGAAAGAAAUGAAUCUAAUACAUGCCGGACGGUCGUUCUUCAAAAUAAUGAAAAUAAAAUGGAUAUUGACGAGGAAUUAGCAACUUGUACAGAGAGUAUAAGAAAAUCGACUGUUACGCAAGUCAAUACUAAAGAGGUAAAUGCGAAAACAUCUACAGUAAUCGAUGAAACACUUUCGAGCAGUGUUGUUAAUAAUAAUUGUUUAAGUAACGCGGAUAUUUUGAAUAUGCAGAGCGACGAAGAGGUGAAUAAUAGUUUUAAUAAACAAACUGUGAUCAAGCACUUGAUAGAAACGGACGUGUUCUCAGAGCCUGCAGAGGACGAAAAAGUUGAAAGUUUAAAAAAUGUCUGUGAUUUAGAAACAGAACGUCCAGGUGUAAAUAAUAAUACCAUGAUAUGUACACAGCGCGAUUCUGAUGAUAAUGCUGUUAGCUCUAAUCGUUCUAAUUUUAAUGUAAUUAACGAUAAAGAAACCAAAAAAGUAAUAUCGCCGGACGACAAAUGCGAUAAUAAUGUUGUUCAAAAUUCUGAAUUACAAGACAAUAUCGAUGGUUUAUCGUUGUUGGCUAGCGUUUCACAGCAUAUACCACAUUUAAAGCCUGAAACCGAUGUGAAGUCCGAACAAAUAAAGGUGAAAGAUUACGCAUCUUUGAGAUACACGUGUUACAGUCAAGUCAGCGAUGACGAGGCCAAUACAAACGAUUCAUCAAACACCGUCUCUCAGUUACUUGAAAAUCCAUCCACGGAAAUUAUUAAUAGAAUCGUUGGCAUAUAUCCCGAGGACACCAUAGAUAAACUCGCACUUCGCGUAGAAAUAACAUCUAAUGAAGCAGAAAAUGGAAACGACACGGAAUUGUGCAAUGUCAUUUCUCAUCCGGAAGCAAGCAUAAAUUACGACAUGGACACAUUGACGCAUAAUUUGACCCCCAUAGAGAACAACAUGCAAACGAUAAAAGAGAAUACAAACGUAAUAUUGAACGGAGAAACCAUAGUUCUGUUACAAAAAUCCCCUAACAGUAAUCUGUACAUUAUAAACAAAGCAGUUGAGAAUUCAGAAGAUCACAACAGCGACGAAGAUAUCAAUCUAAAGGAGAAGAAUUGGAUACCUUUGACCGAAGACUGUGGACAGUUCGAAGCUGUGGCUUCUCUAGAUCUCGUAUCCCGACAGAACAUCAAGCAAGAGUUCAGUGUCUCGAACUGCGCGAUCCCAGGAUUCAAUGCAGUUGAACAUUCUUUACAUAUUCCUGUCAGUCAUCCGACCAGCUUACCACCGAUCUAUGGUGCUUGUGCUGGAAAUGCAGAACUGUGUGUACCGUAUCAUAAGCAUUGCACGUCCGUGUCGUGCAAUCUGCAAAUUAAUGCUACAACAUCCUUGCAUUCCUACGCGAAGUUGAACACCCCGUGUAAAAGAUCACAUUGUUCUUGUCUAAAUUGUUCCUAUGAUAUUGCUACGCAUUGCAGACAAUGUUCAUACCCGGCUACAGACACUCACGUUCCCUGUAUUGAAAAUGGCCCAUACUUUUUGCCGACGCAUUCAUCAGUACAAAGCCCUGCCGUCCACGAGCAUGAAAAAGCAAAGAAUAUUUUGAAAACUAAAUCAUUGGAGCAAUUGGAACUGCAGUGCGAUUCGGAAAAGGAUUUAUUCAAAAAAGAUACAGAUAAUAAAUUACCUUUAAAAAAGAGACUGAAAGCGCGUGCUAUGGGAUACGGCGAAGUGAGUUAUCCAGCUGUGCCUAUGAUAUCCAUAGCCGCUUUAGAAGUGUUGGACGGUACGCGAAAGAAAUCCGAUCAAAUCGUUAAAUCUGAGGAAUCACACGACGACUAUCGUUACAAUUCCCACUUGAUCUCGGGGAAAAAUCGAAUACACGUGUAUCAAGAGUCUUGCCUUCAAAGGCAAGUUAAAACAUCCGCGCAAGAAAAAGAGAUGGAUCUAUCGAACGUGACGUCGAUGAAACAAUUCGGGAUAGAGACGAUGGAACAGGAAGGAACGUAUAAGAGGGUAAAAAAAUCACAGUCACAUCUACGCCAAACAAGAAGCUCAAAAAGAAACGUUCCUAAAGUAAAUUAUUCUUACACCGAUGUCGAUCCAGAAUGGAAUCCGUCCCGUGUGUCAAAACGCAAACGUAAAAAGACUAGUCGAUGAUCGAUACCACCUCAUUGUGAAAAUUCAUUAUUAUAAGAAACUUUUGUGGAAUUUAAGUAAUUAAAUGUACAUGGAUCCUAUAAGACUGUGGCAUCGUAAACCUGUAAAUAUUGUACAAACGAGAAGAUGAAUCAUCGUGAGAAGAUAUUUGUAUACCAUCAAAGUGUAUAGUACAACACCCGAAAAUCAACAUUAGUGUAACUUUUCGAAGAGUUUCAAAGUAAGAUCAUGAUGUUUAGAUCGUACCUGUAUUUUGUUGGACAUGAGUAAUUUUCUACUAAAAUAGGAGAUUCUUUAGUUCCCGUAAUUUCUUCUGCGUAANUAAUUGUGUGCAAAGAUUACGAUCUUAUAUAGAAGGUGAGAUAAUUUAUUUAAAAAAUAAUUUGUAUAGUAUAACAAAUUUAAUAUUUUUAUGUGUUUUAAAAUGAAAUUCUCUAAUAUGUAUGCAUGCAUAUACAUAACAAAGUAUAAAUGUCAAAGUAUAAAUUUUUAUACUUUAUGCAUAAAAUUACUAUUGAUAUUGUAAAGCAUUACAUUUUAUAUUUUUCAGUUUGAUGGAACAAAAUUAGUUAAAUGCCAAAAAAUGAGACAAUUAGGUAGAUGACAACAGUUGUAGUUUAAAAACAUUUGGAAUUUGACGCUGAGUGGAAUAAUUGUUAAAUGUAUAGUAGUGCAAUUUCAAGUUUAACAAAGCUUUUUAUUGCCCACUUUGGCAAUGUGAUACAAGUUUGCCUGAACUUACGCCUGAUAUUGCUUGCUUAAGAAAAUUCGGAUUAAUUAUUUCUUCAUGUUGAAAAACCUCAAGGAAUUGUUUAAUUCCGAACUGUGAUGUCAAUAUAUUUGCCAAAUGACAUAGUAAUAACAGCCAUACAAGAGGAGAACAGGAAAUCAGCAUUCUUCAAUUUUUUAACCCGUCCUCUUAAUAUAUAUCAACAGUAUUUGUUACAAAUAUACUCGUAGAGAUCACAAUGCAAGUAGAAAUAGCUAGUCAAAGUUUUUAAUUAUGAAUUAAAACUUUUAUUAAUUUACAUAAAAUAGAAAUUACGAAGUAGUAAUAUGUAUUCAAAUAUUUCAGGUAAAUUGAAAGCGUCGCGUGAAAUUAAAAAGAUGUACUUAGACUUUGUAUAUGUACCAAAACGAUAGAGCUUUGUCACCCGAAUUUAUAGCGCCUUUACAUAAUUUAUACCUUAAAAAUUUAACAUAUAUUUUUAAAAAUUAUUCAAUUAUUUUUUCCAAGUGUCUGAAUAAAGCAUAUCUCAUUGUACAAAUUUUACAUAAAAAAAGUAAUGUAACUAUUAAAACAUUAAAACUAUCUUAUAAAUUAAUCGCAAUUAAUCGCAGAAGAGUGAUAUAAUUUAAUGAAUUUAGUUAAUUUUGUUUGUCUUUUCUUUUUUUUAUUUUUAUUUUUAAUUUAUAUAAUAACAAUCACGUAUGGUUGUCAUUUGGAUUGUACAGUGCCAUAUUUUUAUGUUUAAUAUCUGUGAUUAUUACAUAUUUUAUUUAUACAAAACAUGUAUUUAAAUCAAUAAUUUGUUUUAAGAAUUAUGUGAGAAAUUUAUAAUUUUCAUCUCUAAUGUUGAAAACAUGGUGUUUGUUUUUUAUAAAAAUAAUU